UCACCCGGCAGAGCAGGGAAGCCGGGCUGUGGCGCCGCGGUGAAGGCGCUUCACCGACAGCAUGUCUCAUUUACCGAUGAAACUUUUACGCAAGAAGAUCGAGAAGCGGAACCUCAAAUUGCGGCAGCGGAACCUAAAGCUCCAGGCAGUGGCCUCAGCUGUGAGUCUUUCAGAAACCCAGAAUGGAGAUGUGUCUGAAGAAACAGUGGGAGGUAGAAUAGUUAAAAAGUCCCUAAAACAGUCUGUGAAUGUGGGCUUGUCAGAAGCCCAGAAUGGAGAUAUAUCUAAAGAAACACUGGGAAGUGGAAAAGUUAAAAAAUCCCUAAAACAGUCUAUGAAUGCCAGCUUGUCAGAAGCCAAAAAAGGAGACAUCCCUAAAGAAACAGUGGAAAAUAUAAAAGUUAAAAAAUCCAUGAAAGAGUCUGUGAAUGCUAAGUUGUCAGAAGCUCAAAAUGGAGAUGUAUCUAAAGAAAGAGUGGAAAAUGUAAAAGCUAAAAAGUCCUCCAAAAAAUCUACCAUAUUGACCAGUGGGGAAGCAGCAACGCAGUCUCCCAAUGCAGAAUCAAAAAAGAAGAAGAAGAAGAAGAAGAGAAAAGUAGUGAAUGAUGCUGGGCCAGAUUCCAAAAGAGCAAAAACUGAAGACAAAGGAGACUCUGAAGAUGGUGCCCAGGCUCCUGAAGAAACAGAGAACAGUGUGGAGAAGCCAGACGCUGAGGACGAUGACAGCGAGGUGCCCAGCCUGCCCCUGGGACUGACAGGAGCUUUUGAGGAUACUUCAUUUGAUUCUCUGACUAAUCUUGUCAAUGAGAACACUCUGAAGGCAAUAAAAGAAAUGGGCUUUACAAACAUGACUGAAAUUCAACAUAAAAGUAUCAGACCACUUCUGGAAGGCAGGGAUCUUCUGGCAGCUGCAAAAACAGGCAGUGGCAAAACCCUGGCAUUUCUCAUCCCUGCAGUUGAACUCAUUGUUAAGUUAAAGUUCAUGCCCAGGAAUGGAACAGGAGUCCUUAUUCUCUCACCUACUAGGGAACUGGCCAUGCAGACUUUUGGUGUCCUUAAGGAGCUGAUGACACACCAUGUUCACACAUACGGGCUAAUAAUGGGUGGCAGUAACAGAUCUGCUGAAGCACAGAAGCUUGCCAAUGGGAUCAACAUCAUUGUGGCCACACCAGGCCGUCUCCUUGACCAUAUGCAGAAUACCCCAGGGUUUAUGUAUAAAAACCUACAGUGUCUGGUUAUUGAUGAGGCUGAUCGUAUCUUGGAUGUUGGGUUUGAAGAGGAAUUAAAGCAAAUUAUUAAACUUCUGCCAACACGCAGACAGACCAUGCUCUUUUCUGCCACACAAACUCGAAAAGUCGAAGACCUGGCAAGGAUUUCUCUGAAAAAGGAGCCCUUGUAUGUUGGUGUUGACGAUGAUAAAGCUAACGCAACCGUGGAUGGUCUUGAGCAGGGAUAUGUCAUCUGUCCUUCCGAAAAAAGAUUCCUCCUACUCUUUACAUUCCUUAAGAAGAACCGGAAAAAGAAACUAAUGGUCUUCUUUUCAUCCUGUAAGUCCGUGAAGUACCACUAUGAGUUGCUGAACUACAUCGAUUUGCCUGUCUUGGCCAUUCAUGGAAGGCAGAAACAGAAUAAGCGUACGACCACGUUUUUCCAGUUCUGCAAUGCAGAUUCAGGGAUCUUGUUGUGUACAGAUGUGGCAGCCAGAGGGCUGGAUAUUCCUGAAGUGGACUGGAUUGUUCAGUAUGACCCUCCAGAUGACCCCAAGGAAUAUAUUCAUCGCGUGGGUAGAACAGCCAGAGGCCUAAAUGGAAGAGGGCAUGCCUUGCUCAUUUUGCGCCCUGAAGAAUUGGGUUUCCUUCGCUACUUGAAGCAAUCCAAGGUUCCAUUAAGUGAAUUUGAGUUUUCCUGGUCCAAAAUUUCCGACAUUCAGUCUCAGCUUGAAAAACUGAUUGAAAAGAACUACUUCCUUCAUAAGUCAGCCCAGGAAGCAUAUAAGUCAUACAUUCGCGCAUAUGAUUCCCAUUCUCUGAAACAGAUCUUUAAUGUUAAUAACUUAAACUUGCCUCAGGUCGCUCUGUCAUUUGGUUUCAAGGUGCCUCCUUUUGUUGAUUUGAAUGUGAACAGCAAUGACGGCAAACUUAAAAAGAGAGGUGGCGGAGGUGGAUUCGGCUACCAGAAAGCCAAGAAAGUUGAGAAGUCCAAGAUCUUCAAAUACAUAAGCAAGAAACCAUCUGACGGCAGGCAGUUCUCUCACUGAAGACACGCCUUUGUGCUGAAAUGGAUUUUUUUUUCUUGCUCUAACAAAGGAAUUUUUGUUGCUUUAGUCUUUGGACUCACCUAACGAGUAUGGAUUGACUUGGGUGGCCAGCACUGAGCACUAAGAUUCCCAGCGCGUCUCUUUGGGCAUAUAAAACAGUUCACUAUUUCUUGAUUGCCCAAGGGCAAAGCAAAGGAUCUUCUUAGUCUUUGUGAUGAUGAAGUGUUUUUAAGUUUAAAUCUUUUUUUUUCCUAAAUUUGUGAUUGUUUUAGUGUAAUUCUCUUGGUAUCUUUCCUCCUGGUGUCUGAAGAUGUGGGUGGCUUGUGUUGCCAUGUCAGCCUGCCAGAAAGGGCAGGUGACCUCGCACACUGGACAGCUGGUGGGGGUGGGGUGCAAAAAAAUGGUCUCAGUUUACGUUUUUGGUGUUGGUUGUUUUUUGGACCUUAACAAUAGUUUUUUGACCCCUUCUGGAAACGCUGCCGUGUAAAAGCGCAGAGAACUUUGGGAAAUACCUAAGAAGCACCUUCUGUUAGAGGUGGCACUGGUUUUUGAAUGAAGUGGCCCUAGCAGUUCUGACAUUGAGGGGAGGGGAGGGGUGGGGGCAGAUAUGAGAGUUCUAGAGCCUCAUUUACAGGUGUAAUACUCUGCUGUUCGGUAACUUGGCAGACUUUUUUAAAGGCACAAAGAAUGGUGACACUCCUCAGUCAAACUGGUUUGUCUGUAGUGGUUUGGAUAUGGUGAGCCCUUCCAACUCUUCAGAGGACUUAGAAGGCAAAGCAUCUUUUUGAGAAAAAAUUGUCUCUUCCAGAUCCAUGAAACAAAAAAGUAGAUUUUUGGUGAAAAUUGAAAAUGAACACACAUCAGAAUAAGCAGCGAAGUCAGUGGUUUAUAGUCAGAUGGGGUUUUUUGUUGUAGGAACAUUUGGUUUCUGGUGUGUUUUAUGUUUUAUUUAUAGUGUGUUUUGUAACUGCAGAAUGGUUAUUACAUUUUGUAGUAAUUUAAAACCAAAGUUGCUAGCAUCGUUUUGCUGUUGUGCUAGUUAAUAUUCAUAAAUUCCUAUUAACUAUAAGUAUCAAAUGUAGAAGAAACAGUCUGGUAAACAGCACUGCAGUAGGAAAAGAAAAGAAUGAUACCAUUCUACAUCUGGGCUCGAGCACCGUUCCCCUAGCUGGACAUGUCCUGGGAUUCAGACCUUGAUUGCUGGACUCCUGGCAUCUUAUAACUUUUCUCUUUACCGUAACUAUUCUUUUUUGUUUCAGAAAUAAUGAUGUUUCAAAAAACACACAAAAAGAGAAUAUUUAAUCACUGAAGUAAAUACUGUUGAUACUUUGAUACAUAACCUUCUAGUGUUUUGUAUACAUACUUUUUAAUUUUUUUUAUCAAAAGUGAAUUGUCAUCCUCUAGCCACUAUUUGUAACCAUCUUGUUUCAUAAUGUUAUUUUCCUGUGUCAGUAAAUACUUAUGUCAACUUUG